AGAGGGAGGAACAGCUGACAGUCAGUAAACAAACGAGACUGACAACAUACCUAGCCUUUAUAUUCUGGACAAAAGGAAAUGUUCUCCGGAAGAAAGGAUGAUAAAGCCAAGCGGCCACGCAGGAGUGGAGGUCUUGCCCAGCUAGGCCUGAUGGAUGUACCAGGGAUGGAUAAUUUUCAUGAUGAUGAAGAUCAUGCUGACUUAGAAGCUGAGUUAGCUGCUCUUACUGGUGGUGGAGGAGGGAAUAAGCAACUUAAGAAAGGUAAACCUGCAGUGUCUCCAGAUGACUUGGCUAAGAUGGUUGCUGAGUGUAUGCAAGAUGACUAUGAUAAUGAUCAACUUAAUGAUGAAGAUGACCCAGAGUUACUGGCUGAAUUAUCUGCUCUCAGUGCAACAGAUGAUGAUGAUGGAAGUAUUCCUCCAGCUCCAAUCAGGCCAGCUCCAACUAUUCCAAAUUGUCCAUCUCCAGUCAGUGACUACCGUAAUCCUGAGCCAAGAGCUCCCAGGAAUGCACCAAUGGCUGGUGGAAAUAGCAUUGUUACCUUGCUUGCUGAGAGAAUUUCUUUGUAUGAGCAGGCAGAGGCAAAUGCAAAGGCAUCUGGGGAGACUUCAAGGGCUCGAAGAUUUAAUCGUGGCCUGAAAACUUUGAUACAAAUGCAGAAGGCUGUUAAGGCUGGUCAUCCUAUUGAAGAGGAUGAGAUUCCUCCUGCUGUUGUCGUCAAGUUAAGUGGUGGCAGUAAAGGAGGAUCAGCUGACACAACCUCUACCUCUUCUCCUGCUGCUUUAUCACCAUCUGAGGAACGGCCUGGACCAGUUACUACCCAUAGUAACCCACUUGGUCCACCGGCGUCUAUACCGCAUGAAGUUGUUUUCCAAGACACAGGCAAGCCUAGACCACAGCCCCCACCAAGGUCAAGUCUAGAGAAAUGGGACUUACCUUCUAGACCACCUAUUGAACAAAGCAACUCAUUAUCAGGAGAGCCUUUACAAAGAAACUCAUCAUCUGGACCACCACUCCAACAAAUUACCUCAUCAUCUGACCCUGCCAGUAUUGUUCGCAAUCGCCACAGCGAGUAUAAGAUGGCAGCGUUGUCAUCCAAGAAGAGUGGCAAUAAAGAACAAGCUAUUCAGUUCAUGAGGAUAAUGAAACAAAUGGAGCCAAUGCUUAGAGCUGCUGAGAAUGAUCAGGCUGUUGACCUUACCACUUUACCUGGACCCCCAGGUACUCCCACUGCUAGACAACCAAAGCCUGAGAUGAAUACUUGUGGUGCACUGUCUGCUACUAAUGAACCCAUGAGAAUAAUAAGGGGUGCCAUGGUUCCACCAUCUGAAUCUCCAAGUAGCACUGCGGUAGAAUCAGUUGAUCCUUUGGGAAACACCGACCCUGCAACAGGAGAACCACCGUCCCCAUCCGCAGUGCUGGAGGCUCUUGAACAACGACUAGCAAAAUAUGUGGAACAACGAGAUAAGGCAAAGAAAGAAGAGAAUGCUCGUAAAGAGAGGAUGAACCAACGUAUUAUGAAGCAGUAUGAAGACGCUAUCAAGAAACACAAAGUUGGAAAACCUGUAGACUUUGAUGAACUUCCCACACCUCCUGGAUUUCUUCCAAUCCCUGUUGGUGCAAGUAAACCACCUGCUGCUCCUGCUGCAGAAAGUAUCCAAGGAGAUAAAGCAGUUCCAAAGCAACCAAGGGCAGCAGCACCACAGGCACCUCCUGCUGCUCCUAAACCAGCUCCUACUACUAAUGUGAGACAGGCUCCACAGUCACGAGUGGAAAAACAGCUUGCAUUCCUUACUAAACGACAAACACAGUUUAAGCAAGCAGCUCUUGAAGCCAAGAAGAGAGGAGAGAUAGAGCAAGCAAAGGAAUACUUGAGAAUGUGCAAAGGCUUUGACCAACUCAUUGAGGCAACUCGAGGUGGACUUCCUGUGGAUAUGAACACUGUACCUGUCCCACCACAAGAACAGAUUCCUCAUGGUGGCACAGACUUUGAGCUCGUGAGUGCCGAAGACUGUGUGAUUGCGCCGCCCAACACCAGUGUUGAUGUUACUAUCAUGUACGCAAAACUUGAAGAGGAUCUUGUUGCUCAGAUUAAGAUGUGUGCUCAAACUCGUGAACACUUUAAGGCCACCGGAGAUGUAACAAGUUCAAAUCGGUUUGAACAGCUUAUACUGCAUACUAAAAAGGACUUGGAUGCGGUGCGAGCAGCCUUUAAAAGGGGGUGUACGCCACCACGUUUUCACUAUGAAAAUAGAUCUUUUAAUAUUAUUCAAUGCAACACAGAUCUAAAUGAUUCAGACUGUGAAAUUAGCAUUGUACGAGGUAUAAACUUUAAUGUGCAGAAUCCAAGUGAUGUUGACACUUAUGUAAAGAUAGAGUUUCCUUAUCCAACUGAUAACCCCCCCCAGGAUCGCAGCUAUGUGGUAAAAGACACUAAUAAUCCUGAGUAUGAUCACAAGAUUGUCUUCAGCAUAGAUCGAAAAUCUCGGGCUCUGGCUCGUGUCUUCAAAAGACAUGCUGUUAAGGUGCAAGUUUAUGCAAAGGGGGGUUGGUUUCAUCGUGACACAGUCUUAGGAGUAGUGAAGGUUCCAUUGGUGACCUUAGAAACCAAAUGUACCCUACAUGAGUCCUAUGAUCUGGCAGAUGAGCGUAAGCGUAUUGUAGGAGGAAAACUGGAAGUGAAAAUUCGGGUGAGGAAUCCCAUCGUCACAAAGCAGCUUGAAAAGGUCACAGAGAAAUGGUUGGUUAUUGAUGGUUUUUGAAAAUUAAGAAUUAAACUUGUGAACAGAAAAUUUUGCAAUGCAUUAUAUAUGAUUAAAACUGGAGAUUCUUCAUAAAAAAAAUGAUUUUGCUUUGCCAUGACUAUCACUGUGUACAGUAUUGAAUACAAAAUACUGACGAUUGUGAGUGAACUAUGUUAAAGAACUAUGCCAUAGGACUUUAUUUAAUAAAGUAGACUUGAACCCUCUAA